CAGAAAAGAAUCACAAAGAUUUCCCUUGAACAGAAGAUGUUCAUGAGUGGCUCAAACAUUAGAGAGGCAGCUGAUCUGAAGGAUGUCAUUGCCACAGGGAAGAGUUCACUAGUCACUAGGUUGGUUUGUCGACCUUUAUCGGUAAUACUAGCUAUUGGCAAUGAAUAAGCAUUUCAGAGAUUUCAACCCUGUCAACUAAGAAAGGGAGGUUUUUGUGCUGGCAUAGUGGUGCCCAGGAGCGCUGAAUGCAUAAGCAUCUAGGGUGUUCUACGGGCAUACUCCCUUGAGAAAAAAAUUAAGGUAACUGCCUCUAAGAUGCCAUUUCCUGCAUUUUAGUUCACAAUCAAUGGAAAUAUUGCACCAGUGGCUGAAAAAUCACAGAAAAAGGGCAAAGAGGUGCUAAAAAGACUGGUUAAAAGAAGAAAAGGAAAAGUUUCAAAAACUGGCAUAAUGUUAAGCGAAAAUGGGGGGCUGCAAAUAUUCACCAAAAACGGGAGGCUUCCAACCAAAAUAGGAGGGUUGGAAUCUCUGGCAUUUCUCAGAGGAUGACAUUGUGCAUGCUGCCCAAGACCGAGACAGUUGGAGCUGACUUACAGUUGACUCUGUGGUCCACUAAUUAUGAUCAUGAUGAUUAUCAAUGGUUACCUGCUGAAUUUAGAAAUCAUUUUAGUUUUGGAAAUGUUUGCUGA